UUUACGGCAGCCGGUUCCCACAACAGACAACAACAUGGCAGCCGCGGCGCAGUGUCCCGGUGCUGAAGAGGUUUUAAUGGAAGACCAAGAGAGUUCAGCAGCGGGGGAAGACAGCGGGACACCGGGAGCUGCUGCCCGGGACAAACCCGUGUGUCUCAUCGUGCUAGGCAUGGCCGGGUCCGGAAAGACCACCUUCGUUCAGAGGCUGACGGCUCACCUUCACUCUGGUAAAGCUCCUCCAUAUGUCAUCAACCUGGACCCUGCCGUUCAUGAAGUCCCUUUUCCUGCAAACAUUGACAUCAGGGACACUGUGAACUACAAGGAGGUGAUGAAGCAGUACGGCCUUGGACCAAAUGGAGGCAUCGUGACAUCACUCAACCUAUUCGCCACACGCUUUGAUCAGGUGAUGCAGUUCAUAGAGAAGAAGCAGCAGAAUCACAGGUAUGUGUUAAUUGACACCCCGGGUCAGAUUGAAGUCUUCACUUGGUCUGCGUCUGGAACCAUCAUCACAGAGGCUCUGGCGUCAUCCUUCCCCUGUGUCGUGAUCUAUGUGAUGGACACGUCCCGCAGCGUCAACCCCGUCACUUUCAUGUCCAACAUGCUGUACGCCUGCAGUAUUCUUUACAAGACCAAGCUGCCCUUCAUCGUUGUCAUGAACAAGACCGACAUUAUCGACCACAGCUUUGCAGUGGAGUGGAUGCAGGACUUUGAGGUUUUCCAGGAUGCCUUGAACCAGGAAACCUCGUAUGUCAGCAACCUGACGCGCUCCAUGAGUCUGGUGCUGGACGAGUUCUACACCAACCUGAGGGUGGUGGGCGUGUCUGCGGUGACAGGAAGUGGAUUGGAUGAGCUGUUUUCUCAGGUAGAGGAUGCGGCUGAGGAGUAUGAGAGGGACUAUCGACCCGAAUACGAAAGACUGCGCAAACAGCUGGCGGAGGCGCAGAGUAAGAAGCAGCAGGAGCAGAUGGAGCGGCUCCGGAAGGACCUGGGAGCUGUUGACAUGACGACCACAGCUUCAACAGAGGAUGCUGAUGUAGCUGGGCCCAGUGACCUUAUCAUGACACGUGGUAACCCUGAUGAAGAGGAGGAGGAGGUGGACAGUGACACGGACGACAUCGAUCACAACGCAACGGAGGAGAGCAAAGAGACUGAUGCCUUUGGAAACUUCCUGAAGGAGAGGAAGGAAGUGGUUCAGGUCCGAAACAGAAAGUGUGCAAUGCCUGACCCCUGACCUCUGCAGCCUGACCCCCGACCUCUGCAGCCUGACCUGUAACUCUGUCGGAGAGAAAGACAGUGACAGAAUGAAGGUGAGGGAAAUAGAAAACCUCCCAAAUGUUUCCCUCGGUGGGUACAGACUAUCAUCUGGAAGAGAUGCUGUGGAAGUACAGUAUGUUUUUACUCCAGUA